AUGUCCUCAAAAACUAGUUUUGUUAGAUCUGCUGUUUCAAAAUAUAAAUUCGGUGCCCAUAUGUCGGGGGCCGGUGGAAUUUCAAAUAGUGUAACAAAUGCAUUUAACACUGGUUGUAAUUCCUUUGCCAUGUUUUUAAAAUCUCCAAGAAAAUGGGUGUCUCCACAGUAUACACAAGAGGAAAUAAACAAAUUCAAGAAAAAUUGUGAAACUUAUAACUACAAUCCACUAACUGAUAUCUUACCGCACGGCCAAUAUUUCAUUAAUUUAGCUAAUCCAGAUAAGGAAAAGGCUGAAAAGAGUUAUGAAUCGUUCAUGGAUGAUUUAAAGAGAUGUGAGCAAUUGGGCGUUGGUCUCUAUAACCUACAUCCAGGUUCUACCUUAAAAGGCGACCAUCAAUUGCAAUUGAAGCAAUUGGCCUCAUACUUGAACAAAGCUAUCAAAGAAACAGAAUUUGUCAAGAUUGUAUUAGAAAAUAUGGCGGGUACCGGGAAUCUGGUAGGAAGCUCCUUGGUAGACUUAAAGCAAGUUAUCGGAAUGAUUGAAGACAAAUCAAGAAUAGGUGUUUGUAUAGAUACCUGUCAUACCUUUGCCGCAGGCUACGAUAUAAGUACCACUGAGGCAUUCCACAAUUUUUGGAAAGAAUUCGACGAUGUAAUAGGAUUCAAACAUCUAAGCGCUAUUCAUUUGAACGACUCUAAGGCCCCACUUGGCGCAAAUAGAGAUUUGCACGAACGCUUGGGUCAAGGUUACUUGGGCAUCGAUGUCUUUAGGAUGAUUGCCCAUUCCAAGCAUCUUGAGGGUAUUCCAAUUGUCUUGGAGACUCCGUACGAGAAUGAUGAAGGCUAUGGGAAUGAAAUCAAACUGUUAGAGUGGUUGGAAUCCAAGAGUGACAGUGAAUUGCUAGAAGACAAAGAGUACUUAAAUAAAAAUGAGACACUACAGAAGUUGGGUGCUAAGUCGCGUAAGGAACAAUUAGAUAAGUUUGAAGUAAAACAGAAAAAGCAAGCGGGAGGUCCCAAAAGAAAAAGAGCUACUGCUGAAUCAAAUAAUAAUGACAUCUUAUCUCAAAUGGUAAAAAAAAGAAAAGUUAAGAAAGAAUGA